ACAUACACCCCUUCCUCUCUCCUUUGCAAAACCCUCAUUUCUCUCCAAAGUUCUUUUCUUUUCUUCCUCUUAUCUUCUUCUGUGAGCAAAGAGAGAAAGAAAGAAAAUGAGGACUUCAAUGUUUAGAUCUGUUGAAUCAGCAAUCAGAAGAGUAUCUACAUCUUCACCAUCUACCAGUACAUCUUCUACUCAUUUCGCUAGACGAUGUUUCUCAUCAGAAUCAGCUCCAGCUCCAGCCCGAAAAGUUGCAGUAUUAGGUGCUGCUGGAGGGAUUGGUCAACCUUUAGCUCUUCUAAUGAAGCUUAACCCACUUGUUUCUAGUCUUUCACUUUAUGAUAUUGCUGGAACUCCUGGUGUUGCUGCUGAUGUUAGCCAUAUCAACACCAGAUCUGAGGUUGCUGGAUAUAUGGGCGAAGAUCAAUUGGCUCAAGCUUUAGAUGGAUGCGAUCUUGUUAUUAUCCCAGCUGGUGUACCACGAAAGCCUGGAAUGACUCGUGAUGAUCUUUUCAAUAUCAAUGCUGGUAUUGUUAAGACUCUUUGCACAGCCAUCGCUAAGUACUGCCCACAUGCUUUGGUGAACAUGAUUAGCAACCCUGUAAAUUCAACUGUGCCAAUUGCUGCUGAGAUUUUCAAGAAAGCUGGAACAUAUGAUGAGAAGAGACUCUUUGGAGUUACCACACUGGAUGUGGUUAGAGCUAGGACUUUCUUUGCUGGAAAGGCAAAUGUUAACGUAGCUGAUGUCAACGUUCCUGUUGUUGGUGGACAUGCUGGAAUUACCAUUCUCCCACUCUUUUCUCAGGCAACACCAAAGGGAAGCAAUCUAUCAGACGAACAGAUUACAGCUCUUACCAAGAGAACACAAGAUGGUGGAACAGAAGUUGUUGAAGCCAAGGCUGGAAAGGGAUCUGCAACUCUAUCCAUGGCUUACGCUGGAGCUGUCUUCGCUGAUGCUUGCUUGAAGGGCCUCAAUGGGGUUCCAGACAUUGUGGAAUGUUCUUACGUUCAAUCAAACAUCACUGACAUUCCAUUCUUCGCUUCUAAGGUAAGGCUUGGAAAGAAUGGCGUUGAAGAAAUACUUGGAUUGGGUCCAAUGUCCGACUUCGAGAAAGAAGGCUUGGAGAAACUCAAGCCUGAACUCCUAUCCUCUAUUGAGAAGGGUGUCAAAUUUGCAAAUCAGUAAUUAGUUUAACAAAAGGUUUUUGAUCUAUUUCUUAUUUCUUUGAGCGAAAAUGUUUGGCUGCUGAAUGUGGCAAAAUCUUCCCGGGUAUAAUUUUUCUUGUCAGAAGUAAUCGGCAGGUUGUAUGGUUAAUAAUCAAUCCUUUUGGAAGAGUGUCUGAAAUAAUAUUCCAAACAAAGCUUUCUUAAAUUCUAAAAUGCCCGAUAUUUUGCAUUGUA